AUGAGUCGAGUCUGUAUUGUUGUUUUGGAGGAGGUGGAAGAUGAUUCUCCCACAUUUAUUUCCAAAUUACCUCAGGAAAAUAUAUCUUUACGUCCAUCGCCCUCUGGAAACGUGCUGCCACCAUUGGUUCAAGCUAUAUUUAAUGGAGAUCCUGAUGAAGUUCGCGCACUGAUAUUUAAGAAAGAAGAUGUUAAUUUUCAGGAUAAUGAGAAAAGGACCCCUUUACAUGCUGCUGCCUAUCUGGGAGAUGCAGAAAUUAUUGAACUACUUAUUUUAUCUGGAGCUAGAGUUAAUGCCAAAGACAGCAAAUGGUUGACUCCUUUACACAGAGCUGUGGCAUCUUGUAGUGAGGAUGCUGUUCAGGUGUUGUUAAAGCAUUCAGCAGAUGUCAACGCUCGUGACAAAAACUGGCAGACACCCCUACAUAUAGCAGCUGCAAACAAAGCUGUGAAAUGUGCUGAAGCUUUGGUGCCUCUUCUAAGCAACGUAAAUGUGUCUGAUCGAGCAGGCAGAACUGCAUUGCAUCAUGCAGCCUUCAGUGGACACGUUGAGAUGGUCAGCUUACUGUUGUCUAGAGGGGCCAAUAUUAAUGCAUUUGACAAGAAAGAUAGACGAGCUAUACAUUGGGCAGCAUAUAUGGGUCAUAUUGAAGUUGUGAAAUUACUUGUGGCCCAUGGUGCUGAAGUGACAUGCAAAGACAAGAAAUCGUAUACACCCUUACAUGCUGCAGCAUCUAGUGGAAUGAUCAGUGUAGUCAAAUAUCUUCUAGAUCUUGGAGUUGAUAUGAAUGAACCAAAUGCCUAUGGAAAUACUCCUCUUCAUGUAGCUUGCUACAAUGGGCAAGAUGUUGUAGUGAAUGAACUCAUAGACUGCGGUGCUAAUGUAAAUCAAAUGAAUGAAAAGGGUUUUACGCCUUUGCACUUUGCUGCUGCGUCAACACAUGGAGCAUUGUGUUUAGAGCUUUUGGUCUGUAACGGAGCAGAUGUAAAUAUGAAGAGUAAAGAUGGGAAAACACCUUUGCACAUGACAGCGAUCCAUGGUAGAUUUUCAAGAUCUCAAACCAUCAUUCAAAAUGGAGCUGAAAUAGACUGUGAAGAUAAGAAUGGAAAUACUCCUUUGCACAUAGCAGCUAGAUACGGCCAUGAGCUAUUAAUCAACACUCUGAUUACGAGUGGUGCUGACACUGCAAAGCGGGGUAUACAUGGGAUGUUUCCUCUCCAUUUGGCAGCAUUAAGUGGAUUUUCAGACUGCUGCAGAAAGCUCCUCUCAUCAGGUUUUGACAUUGACACACCAGAUGACUUUGGCAGGACUUGCCUUCAUGCAGCUGCAGCUGGAGGGAAUUUGGAGUGCCUAAAUCUUCUUCUAAAUACUGGUGCAGACUUCAACAAAAAGGACAGAUUUGGGAGAACUCCACUCCAUUAUGCUGCUGCCAAUUGUAAUUAUCAGUGCCUGUUUGCCCUUGUGGGAUCUGGAGCUAGUGUGAAUGACCUUGAUGAGAGGGGUUGUACACCUCUGCACUAUGCAGCUGCAUCAGACACAGAUGGAAAGUGCCUGGAAUACUUACUAAGAAACGAUGCCAAUCCGGGGAUCCGAGACAAACAAGGCUACAAUGCAGUUCAUUAUUCAGCUGCUUAUGGUCAUCGCUUGUGUCUUGAAUUGAUUGCAAGUGAAACGCCUCUAGAUGUUCUAAUGGAAACAUCAGGUACUGACAUGCUGAAUGAUUCAGACAACAGAGCACCUAUAAGUCCGCUGCAUUUAGCUGCCUAUCAUGGCCACCAUCAAGCUCUGGAAGUGCUGGUGCAGUCGCUGCUGGACCUUGAUGUGAGGAAUAAUAAUGGAAGGACACCACUGGAUCUUGCUGCCUUUAAGGGACAUGUGGAAUGUGUAGAUGUGCUCAUUAAUCAGGGAGCAUCAAUCUUGGUGAAAGAUUAUGUUGUAAAGAGGACCCCAAUACAUGCUGCAGCUACGAAUGGUCAUUCAGAAUGUCUGCGGCUAUUGAUAGGAAAUGCAGAACCACAGAACGCGGUGGACAUUCAAGAUGGAAAUGGACAGACUCCUCUGAUGUUGUCAGUUCUCAAUGGGCACACUGACUGCGUUUAUUCACUCCUUAACAAAGGAGCAAAUGUAGAUGCCAAAGAUAAGUGGGGAAGGACAGCAUUACACAGAGGGGCAGUUACAGGGCAUGAGGAAUGUGUGGAAGCCUUGCUUCAACAUGGUGCUAAGUCCUUACUGCGAGACUGUAGGGGGCGAACCCCUAUACACUUGUCGGCUGCAUGCGGACAUAUAGGUGUUCUAGGAGCUCUCCUGCAGUCGGCUACAUCUGCAGAUGCAGUACCUGCAAUAGCAGACAAUCACGGCUAUACAUCACUGCAUUGGGCCUGCUAUAAUGGUCAUGACAGUUGUGUAGAGCUCCUCCUGGAACAGGAAGUUUUCCAGAAAAUGGAAGGAAAUUCUUUCAGUCCCUUGCAUUGUGCUGUGAUAAAUGACAAUGAAGGUGCUGCAGAAAUGUUAAUUGAUACACUAGGUGCUGGUAUUGUAAAUUCAACAGAUUCAAAAGGAAGAACUCCUCUUCAUGCAGCAGCUUUUACAGAUCACGUUGAGUGUCUCCAGCUCCUGCUCAGUCACAAUGCUCAAGUAAAUGCUGUAGAUUCUUCUGGGAAAACACCUUUAAUGAUGGCUGCAGAAAAUGGACAGACGAAUACAGUUGAGGUGCUGGUUAGCAGUGCUAAAGCUGAUCUGACUUUGCAAGACAGUUCCAAGAACACAGCACUCCAUUUGGCUUGCAGCAAGGGUCAUGAAACUAGUGCCUUGUUAAUACUGGAGAAGAUUACGGAUAGAAACCUCAUCAAUGCCACCAAUGCAGCCUUGCAAACACCUCUGCAUGUUGCUGCUCGGAAUGGACUCACGGUUGUAGUUCAAGAACUUUUAGGGAAGGGAGCAAGUGUACUUGCUGUAGAUGAAAAUG